AUGUCACUGCCAGGUGCAUCUAAAAACCACAAAGUUGAGGCACCUGUGGCUGCAAAUGCAGCUACGAGCAGCAAACUCAAGUCACCUGUGGAACCAGACUCUCCUCAGAAAAGCAAAGCCAAGACACCUGUGGCAUCAGACCCUUCUAAAACCAGCAGGCUCAAGACACUGGCAGCCACAGAAGUGUUGAAUCCGCGAGAUUUUGUGAGCAUUCAGGCUUUAGUUGGCUUUCCUCACAAUGAAGGAAGGGUCUUGGCCAGAAGCAGUACAGUUUUCAAAAGCAGUGAACCUUCAAGAGAUCAAGUGUUCUGGGAAAACUACCGUAGGAGGCAAAAGCAAUUCACUCAGGGACACUUCACCCCAGCUGGGAAGCCAUAUCGUGAUAUUGGACAGAUGGUCUACAUAGACCCAAAGGAAUUCACCCUCUACUCUUUGGGGCAACUUGCACAGGAACCAGUGAAAUACUAUAUGCAGGAAGAACCACCCAGAGAAGUGGCUGAGGUUGCUACUACUGAGAACUCUUUGGACCCAGAGUCUGAUUCACUGGAACCAGUGAAGAGGCCCUCCCCAUCUAGAGAAAGAGGAAAGGAUCUGAAGACUCUUGGUAAAGCUUUUGCUCGCUCAAGGGGUCAUAUCAGUUCUGUGAAGCAAGGGGGAGAAUACUUCCAAAUACUUCACCAAGAAUCACUGGAGAGGGACAGCGUACCCAAAGCAGAUCAGCAGGUUGGGAGCAUGAGAGGCAGAACUGAGUUUCAGCUACCCAUAUAUUCUGGUGUGCCAGGAUUAGAACAUGAAAGAAACAUUCUCUCUCUAGCAGAAGGCAGCCACAUGAGGACAUUGGGAAAGCAGAAAAAAAAUAUUACCUUAUGGUCUUUCACUCCUGUUCAUACCAGUGUCUUGAUUACAAGUCCCCCUGGAACAAAAAGUGAAUCUCUUUUCCGACAACUGUGUGCCAUACACUGGCUUUUGGAAGCUCUGACUAAUGAAUCUAGCUGUUCAAUGCAGUCUAUAUCAACCUGUUGGAAUCCAAGGAACCCUGGUGGUCAUAAGAAAACUGUAGAAGAAAAGGAAGAUGAAAAGUUAGCAGCAUACUUGUGGGAUCUCUUUACUACAAACACGAAGAAAUUUCUCCGGAAGGCACGAUACAGUCCACUUAAAAAGAAGAUAAAGAGGACACCUACUCAAGAUCUCUCUCCACAUAGCAGUCGGUCAUCUCUCUGUGCUAAAUCCCUUUGUGGCAGUGAAACUUCUACUGUAUUUUGCUCUGAAGACACUACCGAGGUUAAUGAGGCUGAUUUUAUUACUAAGUCAGCACAAGCUAAAGAGCAAAAACUUUUCCCCUCCCUACAGAUAAUACAAAAGGUGUCAAAAGGUUUCCAUAAACAAGAUGAUGUGGUUAAGAAGACUGAACCGCAGCGUCUGCCAGUUGUUCAGAGGAAUUACAAGGCAAAGGGGCCAAUCAGUAAGGACCAAGGGAAUCUAUCAGGGAAGCAGAGGCCUGGAAACCAGAGCUCUUUCGUUAAAAGCAAAUCAAACUUGUGUGCUGAUAUGAGGCAGAAGUUCACAGAAGUACGUGAAGAAGCAGCUGCUGGUUUACAUGAUACUUUAGAGAGUCUUGAGAGAACGCAGGAAGAACGAUGUUGGGAAAAAUUUGACGCUUUGAAACACUUGACGGAUUUUAGAAAAGACAUGGAAAGAGUAAGAGAGGUGGGCAAAAGAGCUGAAAAAGAACACGAUGAAGUAAACUGGUUUCCAGUAUUGCUUGCCAGACUCCCAGAGUCUGUGAAGAGUGACCGAUAUGUACAGAAAAUCUUAGAGAAACUGGAAAAAUUUGGCAUGAAUCCUGACUUGGAGAUUGAUCCAGACAUCUUUCUUAAGAUUGUGGGUGAUCUACAGGAAUGGGAGCUGUGUUCUCCAGAAAUUGCUGCAGCUGUGGAGUUUGUACGUGAAAGUAUUGUGAAGAUGCCAGAAGAGGAUUUCAGAGAGUGGUUUCAGACACAACUGACUUCCUGA